CAACAUCAACACAAAAGCAAACAAUACAGUCGCAACAUGCAGGGCUUCAAUAUGGGACGUUAUGUCCCUCCUGACCAGGAGGGAUUGAUGAGUGGAAACCAGCUUCAUGGGAAACACGCUCUUGGAGCUCGAGCGAACAAGAUAUCGCAAGGCAUCCUCACGGUACGAUUUGAGAUGCCUUUUCCAAUAUGGUGUACGCAUUGUCCGAAGCCUACCAUUAUUGGACAAGGUGUCCGAUUCAAUGCCGAGAAGAAAAAGGUCGGAAAUUAUUUCUCGUCGGCGAUAUACAGUUUUCGGAUGAAGCAUACAGCUUGUGGAGGCUGGAUUGAGAUUCGAACAGAUCCCAAAAAUACAGCUUACGUGGUCACAGAAGGCGCAAGGAAGCGAGACUUAGGGGAGGACAAGGUCGAAGAGGGAGACAUCAAGAUAAUGACAAAAGAAGAGAGGGAAGCGAUGAGGAACAACGCUUUUGCUUCUCUAGAGGGCAAGAUAGAAGACAAGCAGAGAUUAGAGUAUAGCAAGAAACGUCUCGAAGAACUUCAAGAUCUUUCGGAGCAAAUGUGGGACGAUCCUUAUGAACAGAACAAGAGAUUGAGGAGAUCAUUUCGAGAAGGCAGGAAACAAAGGGAAAAGGAAGCAGGUGUGACAGUAGCACUGCAAGACAAAAUGAGUCUAGGGCUUGAUCUACUACCGGAACAUGAGGACGAUGCGAGGAGAGCAGCUCUCAUUGACUAUGGCGAAGUAGAUGCAGAGAGAGUGACGGACAAGGCCAUUUCGAAACCUUUGUUCAAGAUUGAGGAACCGGCUUUGAAGUCCAGAUCUAAGUUGAAGGCCAGCAAGGCCUCGAGGGCAUUGAAAGCUGAAGAGCUUGCGAGGAAGAAAAAGGAGAACAUUGCCUCGGAGAUAAGAGGUAACACCAGAGCUGCUAUGGAUCCUUUCCUCGCAGAUUCUCGUGCUGCGAAGUCAGAUUCCAAGCCAUUUUUGGCUGGCGUCAAAAGGAAGCAAUCGCAGCUGGAAGAGGAUGCUCCUAUUACCACUGCUGGAGUCAACUUGGUGGACUAUGACUCGGAUUGAGCUGUAUUUUUGCUCAAACAUUCGGGCGUGGCGUUCUUGUUUGGUUCUCGGCGUUCUGCUAUGCAUUUACAUUGAUACCCAAGGUUUACAUCACGAGCUCAGAAGAUGUUAGAGUUGCAAAUGAUGGCAUUAAUAACAUGAUGUAUGAUAAUGUCAUGAGAAUCAUGUGCGCUCUGAUCUUCUUUCCAUUCUUCAGUGACGCCACUUUGCCCCUGGUCUCAAGUCUCAAGUCUCCCGUGCUCUCAAGGACGGCAUUGAUAAGGUGGUCCGACCGAUCAUGUUCGACCUGUGCCGAGUACUCAAUCCGCAGCCGUGUCCCCAUCCCUGCGGGAUUUGUAUCCAA